UUUUGAGCCGCAAUUUAAAUAUAUUUAUGCAGCUAAACUGCAGCACAGUCACUCAACGCAAACAUGAAUGUGCUCUUAUCUCGUACAUUGAUCAACAAGAUCAACUCUCUCAACUCCAUCCCAUCUCUGUCUAUAUAUUUCUCAACUUCGACUUCACAACACGGGGGCCAUUAUUUUGAGACACUUACUUUAGAUAAUAUCGUUUCUUCCUUAAACAACUGUAGUGACAUUCAUUUCUUGAAAAAGCUUCAUGCUUGUAUAUUCACUAAUGGCUAUCAAGACAACAUCUUUUUGGGCUCUAAGCUUCUAAAUUCAUAUGCCAAGUUCGGAUAUUUAACUGAAUCGAGAUGGGUAUUUAGUAAAAUUAUAAAUAAUAAUCUGUCUCUUUGGAACUCAGUUCUUGUUGGGUAUUUUAGAGCUAAUCAGUUUGAUGAAGUUUUAAGGUUGUAUUGUGAAUUAAGGGGUAAAAGAAUAGGUGUUCAUAGUUCAGUGAUUACAUUUGGUUUAAAAAGUUGUGUUGAAUUGGGUGAGCUGGAACAUGGAUGUGUUAUUCAUGUUGAUGCUAUUAAGUUUGGGUUAGGUAGUGAUCCAUUUGUGGGUUCUUCACUGAUUGGUCUGUAUUGUAGGUAUGGUGAUAUUGAGGAUGCAUCUAAAGUGUUUGAUGAAAUCAUUGAGAAGGAUCUUGUUGCGUAUACUUCGAUGAUUAGUGGUUAUGCUAAAAUUGGUGAUCAUCGAGCUUAUGAGGCUUUUGAGAUUGUAAAAUGUAUGCAGAUGGAUGGAAUUGAUCCUAAUCGAGUGACGUUGGUGAGCUUAUUACAUGCUGCAGCACAGUUACAAGAUGUUGAAUAUGGUCGGUCGGUCCAUGGGUAUGCUACUAGAAGAGGAAUUGGUUGUUUUGAAGAAGUUUUUGAAACUUGUCUGAUGGACAUGUAUCUCAAGUGUGGGAAACCAUACAAUGCAAUGAUACUAUGUAGUAAUAUGAAGUUCCGAAGUGUUGCUUCGUGGAAUGCGCUGAUUGUGGGCCAUUUGCAAUUGGGGCAACCAGAGGAAGCUUUGAAUCUCUUUGUCUUAAUGAUUCAAGAAAGACAAAAACCUGAUCUGAUUUCUUUGGCAAAUGGGAUUUUGUGUUGUGCUGAUUUAGGGUUAUUACGUGAAGGCAAGAGCGUGCAAGGCUAUGCAAUUCGGAGUGGAAUAGAACUCGAUAUCGUUACUAUCACAGCUCUGAUUGACUUGUACUUGAAAUGUAAUAAUACUUAUACAGCCUUGAAACUUUUCAAUGGUAUAGAGGACAAGGAUGUGAUUUCAUGUAACGUGAUGAUGACUGGGUUUCUCCAAAGUGGAUCUGCCAAUGAGGUGAUGAAGAUAUUCCAUGAAAUGGUCAUACGGGGUAUUAAACCUAAUCAAAGUACCUUUCUAAGUAUAAUCACUGCAUGUUCUAAUUUGGGAGACAUCAGGCAAGGCAAGUUCAUCCACGGAUAUGUGAUUAGGCACAAUUUUGAGUCAAACACUGACAUAGCUAAUCAAGUUAUUUAUAUGUAUGCAAAGUGUCAUUUCAUAGAUUGUGCGAGGAAAGUCUUCAACAGACUAAAACGUAAAGAUUUGGUUUCUUGGACAUCCAUGAUGAUGGGUUAUGUGAAUGAUGGACAUGCUGAUGAAGCCAUGUAUUUGUUUUGUCUUAUGCAAGGAGACGGAGUACUCCCAGAUUCUGUUACAUUAAUCUGCCUCCUUCAAGCAUUUACUCAGCUUAAAUAUUUUAGCCUAGCAAAGGAGGUUCAUUCUUUUAUGUAUCGAGUAUGUAUGGAAAACGAGAUACCAGUCAUCAAUUCGUUGCUGACUACAUAUAGCAAAUCUGGAAAACUGCAUUUAUCAGAAAAAUUGUUUGCCCAUAUGAAAAGACGGAAUUUGGCAUCCUGGAACUCCAUGAUAGCUGCUUACGGGAUGCAUGGGAGAUGCCACGACGCACUCAACCUAUUUAAACUAAUGGAAAAGGAAUGCAUUGUCCCUGAUGAGUUGACGAUCACAUCAGUUCUUUCAGCUUGCAGUCAUUCAGGCCUUGUAGAAGAGGGUCUGAGUGUCUUCAGGUCCAUGAAAGAAGAUUUUUCUAUGAUACCAUGUGAAGAGCACUACAGUUGCAUAGUGGACUUAUUAAGCCGAUCUGGACAGCUUGAGGAAGCAUACCAUUUCCUGCAAAGUGUUCCUCUACAACAUUGUGGUUCAGCAUACAGUUCAUUGCUUGCUGCUUGUAGAGUUCAUGGAAAAACUAAAUUAGGGGAGGUUAUAGGAAGGCAAUUUAUGGAAAUAGAAUCUCAAAACCCAAGUGCUUAUAGAAUGGUUUCUAACUUAUAUGCAGAAGAUGACAGAUGGGAUGCAGCAGCCCAAAUAAGAUCUGCUGCAAACGAGAGAGGCUUUAAAAGGACUGCUGGUUACAGUAUGGUAGAGUUAGAAAAUCAGGUGUUUGAUAAUAUUUGAUCCGAUUUUAACUAGUCCUUCCAGUUCACUCAGUUUUGUAUUCUUUCUUACUUCAAAUCUAUAUUCCUAGAUUGUAUUAAGAAUAUAUUUGUUAGUUGUCUUUCUCUCCUGGAAAAUAGAGGCCCAAGUUACAGAAGUCUAUACAUGUGCUCGCAAUAUGGAAGAAUCUCUCUUUAAGAAGAAUAGUAAAGCUUGUCAUGCAUGACAUACAUUUUCCACUUCUAACAGCGAAAGUCUGAAGCUCCCAAAGCGGCACCAACAGCUCCCAAGCAGAACAGAGUGGCUCCAAUCUCAGUCCUCGCUACUCACAUUAUGAAGAAGUUCAACAUGGAAACAGGAAGGUUUAAGAGGUAUUAGAUGUGUAACCUGAUCUAUAAAAUUAGUUCUCUAAAUGUGUAACUUGUAAAGUUCUUAUAUUCAGUUUAGAGAAACCAGCAAAAUCUGAAGGAGGGCUCGAACUGCUUCAAGCAGAGAUCUGUCUGUCCGAUCAACUCUAUGAAGAUAAACCAACUGAAAUCAGCUUGGUCGGCUUAUAUUGGACAUCAGGUUUCUGUGUAAAACCCUGUCCCAAUUUACAUUGUUUUAGCUGUAUUACCAAUAUAUGUAUCCUGCUACUAAAAAUUCUAUUUGAAAAAUU